AUGGCAGAUUUCACGAAUUCGUCGGUCUCCAAAGGCCCCGUGAGCGACGAGCCUAUAGCCACCAAGAUCAAUGAACAUGGUCACGAUAUGGGCAAGGAAUCACCGACUCCUGGGCAACCGAACAAGCUACCCAAAUUGAAGCGUGAAUUGAAGAGCCGGCACCUUCAAAUGAUUGCAAUUGGCGGAACUAUCGGUACUGGUUUAUUCAUCUCGAGUGGAACGGCGCUGGCGCACGCAGGUCCCGUCGGUGCUUUGAUUGCCUAUUCCUUCAUCGGCACCAUUGUUUUCUCGGUCAUGACGUCUCUGGGAGAAGUGGCCACCUAUAUUCCUAUUCCGGGCGCAUUCACAUCCUAUGCCACUCGCUUGAUCGAUCCCAGCUUGGGCUUUGCAAUGGGUUGGAUCUAUUGGUUCUCAUGGGCGAUCACCUUUGCUCUCGAACUGACCGCUACGGGACUGAUCAUUCAAUACUGGGACCCGACAAUCAACAUUGCCAUCUUCAUUGGCGUCUUUUGGGUCGUCAUGACCCUGCUCAACCUUCUCCCGGUCAAGUUCUAUGGAGAAAUGGAGUUUUGGUUUUCGUCGGUGAAAGUCAUCACAAUUAUUGGCUUCCUCAUCUUUGCCAUUUGCAUUGACGCCGGCGCUGGUCAGCAGGGCUACAUUGGCUUCCACAACUGGGUUCACCCGGGCCCAUUUGUUGAUUAUCUGGUGACUCCCGGGCCCACUGCCAAGUUUGUUGGCUUCUGGGCAGUGCUGAUUCAGGCUGGUUUCUCUUGUCAAGGCACAGAAUUGGUCGGUCUCGCGGCGGGUGAGAGUGAGAAUCCUCGGCAGACUGUGCCAAAAGCAAUUCGGGCCACCUUUAUGCGCAUUCUCCUCUUCUUUGUCUUCACCGUCUUCUUCAUCGGUCUGGUUGUGCCUUCUGAUAACCCGGACCUCCUCUCCGGUGCAUCCAACGCAUCGGCCUCCCCCUUUGUGAUUGCUGCUAAGCUGGCGGGGGUUGAUGUCUUGCCGAGCAUCAUCAACGCUGUCCUGUUGACCGUGGUGCUCUCCGCUGCCAACUCCAACAUCUACAGCGGCAGUCGUAUGCUUGUCGGGCUUGCCAACGAUGGUUUUGCUCCCAAGUUCCUGACCAAGACCUCCAAGAACGGUGUCCCCUACUAUGGAGUAUUGAUGACGGCCGCCUUUGGACUUCUCGGCUUCAUGAACCUGUCCUCUUCAGGAGGUACAGUCUUCAACUGGCUUCUGAACAUCGCCGCCGUCGCUGGCUUCAUCUUGUGGGCAUCACUCAACGCCUGUCACAUUGCCUUCAUGCGAGCAUUGAAGGCCCGCGGGAUGUCUCGAGAUCUCUUGCCCUACAAGGCCCCCUUGCAGCCCUUCCUCUCUUACUAUGGGCUGUUCUUCAACAUUCUCAUCAUGUUCACCCAGGGAUUCACCGCUUGGAUCCCCAGUUUCAGCGUGGAGAACUUUUUCGUCGCUUACAUCAGCUUGAUCCUCUUCGCGGUGCUCUACAUUGGUCACAAGCUCGUGUUUCGGGAUCCAUAUGUGUCUCCUGCCCAUGCCGACCUUGACACUGGUCGUACGGAGAUUGAAAAUGAGCACUGGGAGGUGAAGCGACCUACUACCUGGUAUGGCAAGAUUUGGUAUGUCAUCAACGGUUAG